AGUGCUCAGGGAACCCAAUCGUUUCAGAGAGUUGGUUUCGGGUGCGACCCAGACGCAUCCUCACCUGCACAAUUUCUAAAAAAAUCAUGGCUGAUAGUGAGAAAUCCGUUUACAUCAGCUGCGUAGAGGAAGUACGAUACUCCUUCGUCAGCCACCUCUCCGAAGCUCUCCGCCGGAAAGGCAUACACGAUGUGUUCGUCGAUACCAACGAUCUGCUUUCUGAAGAAUCUCAGUUUAAAGUCGAGGGAGCUAGAGUCUCGGUGAUGAUUUUACCAAGUAACCUUACGGUAUGCCUUGAUAAGCUCGUUAAGGUUCUGGAGUGCCAGAAGAACAGAGAUCAGGUGGUGGUUCCGGUGUUGUACGGCACCAGAUCAUUAGAAACCGAAUGGCUUAGGGCGCUGGAUUCGAAGGGUUUAACAUCAGUUCACCAGUCAAGGAAAGAGUGGAGUGACUCCCAACUUGUAAAAGAGAUUGUGAGAGAUGUGUAUGAGAAGCUCUUUUGUAUGGAACGAAUUGGAAUCUAUUCGAAGCUGUUGGAGAUUGAAAAAAUGGUUUGCAAGCAACCUCUGGGCAUCCGUUGUGUUGGAAUUUGGGGUAUGCCUGGCAUAGGCAAGACGACACUUGCUAGAGCGGUCUUUGACCAAAUGUCUGGUGAAUUUGAUGCUUAUUGUUUUAUUGAAGACUAUACCAAAGCUAUUCAAGAGAAGGGUCUUUAUCGUUUGCUGGAGGAGCAAUUCUUGAAAGAAAAGCCUGGUGCUACCGGUACCAUUACGAAAUUGAGCUUGCUUAGAGACAAAUUGAACAAUAAGAGAGUUCUCGUUGUUCUUGAUGAUGUGCGUAAUCCUCUGGUUGUGGAGUCUUUUCUUGGAGGGUUUGACUGGUUUGGUCCCAAAAGCCUAAUUAUCAUAACAUCCAGAGAUAGACAGGUGUUUCGCCUUUGUCGAGUUGAUCAAAUUUAUGAGGUUCAGGGUUUAAAUGAGAAAGAGGCUCUUCAGCUCUUCUCUUUGUGUGCGUCUAUAGAUGAUAUGGCAGAGCAGAAUCUCCACGAGGUGUCAAUGAAAGUGGUUAAGUAUGCCGAUGGACUUCCAUUAGCUCUUAAUACAUAUGGCAACGAGCUGAAGGGUAAGAAAAUACCGCCAGAAAUGGAGACAUCAUUCCUCGAACUCAAGGAACGUCCUCCAACUAAGUUUGUUGAUGCAAUCAAGAGCUGCUAUGACACACUCAAUGACAUGGAAAAGAAUAUUUUUCUGGACAUUGCUUGUUUCUUUCAGGGAGAAAAUGUCAACUACGUGAUGCAACUGCUUGAUGGUUGUGGUUUCUUUCCACAUGUUGGGAUAGAUGUUCUUGUCGAGAAGUGUCUAGUGACUAUUUCAGAAAACCGAGUGCGAAUGCAUAUCUUGACCCAAGAUGUUGGCAGAGAAAUAAUAAAUAGAGAAACAAGACAUACUAAGAAGCGCAUCAGAUUGUGGGAACCUUGGUGCAUCAAAUUUUUAUUAGAAAAUCACGAACAAAAAAAUAAUGGAGAACACGAAAAAACAUUUAAACGUGCUCAGGGUACUGAAGAGAUUGAAGGCAUGUUUCUGGACACAUCAAACUUAAGUUUUGAUAUUAAGCCUGCUGCCUUUGAUAAUAUGUCGAAGCUUAGAUUGCUCAAGAUUUACAGUUCUAAUUCUGAAGUCCAUAAUGUAAUCAAUGUCCUUAAAGAAUCUCUGUAUUCUCUUCCUAAUGAGUUAAGACUCCUCCAUUGGGAGAACUAUCCUCUGCAAAUUCUGCCUCAAAAUUUCGAUCCUAUGCACCUUGUUGAAAUCAACAUGCCGUACAGCCAACUUAAGAAACUUUGGGAAGGAACCAAGCCCCUGGACAUGUUAAGGACGAUCAGGCUUUGUCAUUCCCAGCAGCUAGUUGAUAUUGACGAUCUUUUAUUAGCUCAAAAUCUUGAGGUAAUUGAUCUCCAAGGGUGUACAAGACUGCAAAGUUUUCCAGCCAUUGGUCAUUUUCUGCAUUUGCGAGUUGUUAAUCUCUCAGGUUGCAUAGAGAUCAAAAGUUUCCCAGAGAUUCCCCCAAAUAUCGAGUCACUGCAUCUACAGAGGACUGGCAUAGUAGAAUUACCACUUUCCAUUGUUAAGCCAAACUACAGAGAGAUUUUGACUAUUCUAGGUGAAAUCCCGGGUCUUUCUGGCGUCUCAAACCUUGAAGAAAGUGAUCUCAAACCUUUAACAAGCCUGAUGAAAAUAAGCACAUCUAAUCAAAAUCUUGGCAAGCUUUUUUGCUUGGAGCUGAAAGAUUGUUCUCGUUUGCGAAGUCUGCCAAACAUGGAUAAUUUAGAACUUCUCAAAGUUCUUGAUCUUUCUGGUUGCUCAGAGCUCGAGAUUAUCCAGGCUUUCCCUCGGAACCUGAAAGAGUUAUAUCUUGCUGGCACUGCAGUAAGACAAGUGCCACAACUUCCUCAAACUCUAGAAGUCUUUAAUGCAAAUGGUUGUGUCUCUCUUAAAUCAAUUCGUUUGAACUUCGAGAAGCUUCCUGUGCAUUACUUAUUUAGUGAUUGUUUUGAUCUCUCUCCACAAGUGGUCAACGAUUUUUUAGAGAAAGCGCUGGCUAAUGCAGAACAUAUACCAAGAGAGUGUCAGCAGGAACUUAAUGAAGCUUUGGCUUUCAGCUUCUGUGCGCCCUCACAUGCGGAUCAAAAUUCCAAACUUGAUCUGCAACUAGGAUCUUCUGUAAUGAUACAACUAAAUCCUUCUUGGAGGAACAUACUUGUGGGCUUUGCUAUGUUGGUGGAAGUCACAUUUUCGGAGGACUACUGUGAUACUACUGGUUUUGGCAUUAGUUGUGUUUGCAAAUGGAAAAACAAGGAAGGCCACUCUCACAGGAUAAAAAGAGAUUUACAUUGUUGGGGUCUAGGGAAUACUGUUUCAAAAGUUCAGAAGGAUCAUAUGUUUGUCUUCUGUGAUGUCAACAUGCGUCCAGGUACUGAUGAAGAGAAUGACCUCAAUAUCUGGGCAGAUUUAGUUGCUUUUGAGUUUGUUCCUGUCAACGAAAAGAUAACGCUUAUAGGUGAUAGUUGCACAGUGAUAAGAUGUGGAGUCCGUGUAAUUACUGCUGCAACUGGCAGUACAAGUCUUGAGAAUAUAUCGCCAGUUUUGUCCUUGGAUCCGAUGAAGGUUUCUGGUUAUGAAAUUUUUGAAGAAGAAGUAUUGAGAGUCAAUUAUGUUAAUUUAGAGGAGAUGGAUAAAUUUCUGUUUCUUUACAUAGCGUGUUUGUUCAAUGACGAGGAUGUUGAUUUGCUAGCACCACUUAUUGAUGGCAUUGACUUGGAUGUUAGUUCAGGGCUCAAGGUCUUAGCCGGUAGGUCUCUCAUAAGUGUAUCAUCCAAUGGGGAAAUAGCGAUGCAUGCUUCGCUACGUAAAAUGGGUAGAAAAUUCCUCCAUAGAAAAUAUAUGCUGCCUGGUAGCUCAAAGAAGAAUAAGAGAAUGGUGGAAAAUAGUAUGAGUUCCAUAACCACUCAUUCAAAGAAUCUCCAAAAGCGCUUACGUGGAAUGGAUAAAGAAAUCCUCCAUACGGAAUCUAAGAAGAUUGAGAGAUUGGGUGACAAAUCCAUGAUCAGUUCAAGGAAACCUGAGAGAACUCGGAGAAUGGCAGUGGGCACGUCUUACCUGGUGGAUCCAGCCAGCCAGUCUGGUGAAGAUGCAGCUGGGUUUGAACAAUGGGGUUGGCGCAAGUACGGCCAAAAACCCAUCAAAGCAUCUGUUUAUCCAAGGAGUUACUACAGAUGUAGCAGCUCGAAAGGUUGUUCAGCUAGGAAACAAGUCGAACGUUACCAAACAGAUCCAAACAUGUUACUCAUUACUUACUUCUCUGAGCAUAACCAUCCAUGUCCCACUGAAAGCAACGCUCUUGCCGGCUCUAUUCGUUCCUCUUCCUCCUCCAAAUGCUCAGUUAUAACUACUUCUGGCUCAUCCAAAGUCUCCCGAAACAAAGAUGAAUCCAAUAAACUUCAUUUCCCUUCCUCCCACAAUCCUCUUCAUGUGGCAGAAGGGGUCAAGGAAGGAGACAUGGAUGAAGGUUUUCGCAAUAUGGAGAUCGAUAAUGAUGUUGAAGCUACCGUUUUACCAGAGAAUUUCUUCCGUGAUACAAUAGAUCCCAACCUUUUUAACGAAAUCUUUGAUUAAUUAUAAUUAUAUAUAAUGACUAGUUAUUGACCCGCGUUCGCGCGGUAGGUUUAUAAAAAAUUUAUUUUAUUUUUAGUUAUA